GUCACGUGAUCAUCGACCUUCUUUCCACUGUUCGGUCUGUGUCCCGGGUGCUGUUUGUCCUGAAGUCUUGACAGGAGCAGGUCCACACACGAUGGCUUUCUUUACACACCAAAUCUGCAGAGGUUUCUCGUCCUCGGCUGUCAGAAAUGUUGUUAUUAAGCAUGUAACAAUCAUCGGAGGUGGACAGAUGGGGGCAGGAAUCGCUCAGGUUGCUGCAUCAACCGGCCACACAGUGACGCUGGUGGACACAAAUGAUGACGUCCUUAAAAAGGCUGUGAAAGGGAUAGAAGGAAGCCUCAAAAGAGUAGUGAAGAAGAAGUAUGCUGAUAAACCAGAGGCAGGUGAAGAGUACAUUCAGAAAGUUCUGCAGAGUGUGUCAACCUCCACAGACGCUGGAUCAGCAGCUCAGGUAUCUGAUCUGGUGUUGGAAGCCAUUGUGGAAAAUCUAAAGAUAAAACAGGAUCUGUUUGGUCUGCUUGACAAGGCAGCACCAGCACACACCCUCUUUGCAAGUAACACAUCCUCCCUGCCAAUCUCUGACAUCGCCAGCGCCACGAACAGGCUGGACAGAUUUGGAGGCCUUCACUUCUUCAACCCAGUCCCAAUGAUGAAGCUUGUGGAGGUCAUUGGAACUCCGACAACAAGCCAAGAGACUUUCGAUUCCCUUCUGAACUUCAGCAAAGCACUUGGAAAAAUACCAGUGUCCUGCAAGGAUACACCCGGAUUCAUCGUUAACCGCCUUCUUGUUCCGUACUUAAUUGAGGCCAUCCGGUUGCAUGAGAGAGGUCAUGGAUCCAAAGAGGAUAUUGAUAUUGCCAUGAAACUUGGUGCAGGUCAUCCCAUGGGACCCUUCGAGCUUGCUGAUUAUGUAGGCCUAGACACCAUUAAAUUCAUCAUUGAUGGCUGGAGUGCCAUGGAGCCCGACAACCCGCUCUUUGCUCAAAGCGAGUAUCUAAACAAGCUGGUGGCAGAGGGUAAAUUUGGCAAAAACAGGAGAAGGAUUCUACAGCAAGAAGUGAUUUCUUUCUAAAUGUUGGCUACAAGAUGUCACUACAGAACUAAUGAGAACUUUUAGAAUAUAAGCUUUCUAACAGGGACUCUGACAAAACAGAAAUGGAAAACCUACCUGUGCCUUCUACAACAAAGGUCAACGUUUGUCUGUCACUUCAUAUUCUUUUGGACAUUCACUGGAAUACAUCUCAGUGUUUGUACCUUAACUGAUAUAUGAUUAAACAGAAAUUUUUAAGCA